AUGGCUACCAAAAACACUGCUAUCAAUCCAUAUUCUAAUCUUCACAACUGUGCAUAUAUUUCCCAAAGAAAUUCUCACUCUAGCAAAGCCAAGCCAAAUGGCAAACACUUGCAGUCCACCACUACGGCCAUUUCAAAACGUCAGACUUUAUCUGGUGUUCACAAAAAAACCAAUGCUUCACUUUCCAGUGGAUCUCGCAAAGCAGUAAAUAGCAAACUCACCGAAACCAUCGAUGCCUCGUUGGACGACCUACGUGUAGUCUACAACUCAACAAUCCAGAAACAAACAAAACUGGCCGAACGAAUGGAGCGAAUGGAUGAAAAGCGACGAGUAGAAGAACGAAAGCAGGUCGAAAAGGAAAAGUCCAUGCAAACGGAUGUCGACUUGAAUGCUGCUUUAGAUAUGUUGUCAGGCUUGUAA